AUGCUGUCCUCUGCCAUUGUCGGCGCCAUUGCCCUCUGCGGCGCCGCAUCGGCCGCCGUGGCCGCACCACCACCGCCCGGCAUCACCCCGGCUCCCGUCCUGCAGCGUCGCGAUCCCGCCGGCGAGCUCGAUCCCUGGGUCAGCGUCAACGAGGACCCCUCGGCCACGACGUUCACGCCGAAGUGGACGACCGACGGCGAGGGCAAGUCGAGCCUCAAGGACGCCGCGCCGUCCAGCCUUACCGGCUCCGUCUUCUCCUUCACCACCCUCGGCGAGCCCACCACCACCACCGGCGACCCCCCGAACCCGACCGCCAGCAACAAGAAGGGCACCGGCGCCUUCUCGCUCUGCUCCGGCAAGGACAGCAGCGUCUCGCCCUUUUGCCGGCCCCGCGCCAACUCGACCCUCGAGCCGGGCAACGUCUACUACCUCACCUGGGACCCCGAACACUACGCCAGCAAGCUCAACGAGUCCUACGCCCUCACCGUGCAGGUCAAGCAGCAGAACCGCACCACCAACGAGUGGGUGUUCCUGUCCGACUUUGAGCACGUCCAGGUGCCGGCCAAGCAGGGCUACUUCCCGCUCGACGUCACCGACGCGCUCCUCGACGGCCACGACACCAACAACAUCACCGUCACGCUGCAGCGCCGCCUCAACGCCACCAUCGGCGACCCGGACGACGUCACCGCCGCCUACCCGCUGCACGUCGCGCGCUUCAAGUUCCCCGCCAAGGCGCCCAGCCGCAUCAACACGCCCGGCGCGCUCGCCAUCGCCCUGCCGGUCGUCUUCGGCACCAUCCUGCUGCUCGUCGUCGGCCUGUGCCUGUGGAACAGGAAGACGCGCCGCAUCCACCUCGGCGACAUCAUCCCGCGCAAGGGCGGCCGCGGGGGCUACUCGGGGCGUGCGGAGCGUCGCCGGCGCAUGUUUGGCGGCGCUGCGGCGACGACGGAUGCCGACCACGAUAUCCAGCUGGGCAACGGCUUCCCGGACGACGGCCCCGCGUAUCGCGAUGCCCCGGCGCAGCAGGGAGGAAGAGGCGGUCGCCGCGAUAGCCUGGACAGCCUGGCGGAGUCGCCGGUGCACGACAGCUUCCAGCAGCAGGGCACCACGGGCGGCCGCAACGCGUUCCGCGACGAGAUGGAUCGUCAGCAGCAUGAGCGCGGUGGUCUGUAG